AUGUCACCAACCUACCCUCCUAAACCAUCCUCGCCACCGCCCGUCAUCGAGGAGGACAGCGAAGACGCCAACAGCGAACGCGAGCAUGACCAACCCGCCCCGCUACCUGACUUUAGCAAACGCGGCCCGCGGCGGCGUGCGUCAUCGUCCUCCGCGAACCAAGCUACGGUGGGCGGGGGACGACUGCGCUCUGGAUCCUCGUCGUCUACCAAGGGACCAGUGCCGCCUCUCAAACCACGCAGCUCGUUCUCGAGCGGUGUUGCUGGCCCCUCGAAUCUAGGCAUGCGAUCGCGGCAGCGCGCGUUCUCCGCUGGGGCAGGCGCAGGCUCAGUGAUCACGCGUGGCGGGUCUGCACCGACCAGCGAACCACUCCCGAUCCACAAGGAUGGCGUGACGGUAUUUGAAGGAGUCGAGGUCGUGAACCGCAACAACGGGUUCUCGGACUUGACGCGAAACAUGUCACAACUGUCGCAGAGCAGUAAUCGCACAUUCGCGGACGCCGCGUUCCUCAUGAACAUGCCUGAUUUGAGCCGGGAGCAGACGCGGACGGAGCGUCGCGCGCGUGCGCGAUCAGGAACCGUGACGACAAUGGCGAGUUUGCGCCGCUACGCAUCCGUCUUCUCGGAGGGUAUUGUCGAGGAUGACGAGACGGACGAGAAGGAGGAAGUCGAGGAACUCGUGGGCGUGCAGGUCACCGACGACGGUGAGGAGAUCGUCUACCCCGACGGCGGGUUACAAGCGUGGCUCGUUCUCGCUGGCGGUUUCUGUGCGGCGAUUUGCGCUUUCGGGCUUGCCGGCAGCGUCGGCGCCUUCCAGACCUACUACGCCCAGCACAUGUUGAAGGGCUACUCGUCGUCUACGAUUUCGUGGAUCGGCUCAACCCAGGCCGCCGUGUGUUUCUCCUCCUGCCUCUUCACUGGACCCCUGUUCGAUCGGUACGGCUGCCGUCCCCUCUUGGCCGCCGGCGCUUUCCUCCUCUUCCUUGCCUUCAUCAUCCUCUCCUUCUGUAAGGAAUACUACCAGAUCUUUCUCGUCCACGCGACACUAAUGGCAAUGGGCAUGGACUUCAUGUUCAUCGUCCCCAUGGGCGCCGUGGGACAGUGGUUCUUCCUUCGCCGUGGCCUAGCCUUCGGCAUCCUCAUGAUGGGUAGUAGUGCCGGAGCGAUAAUCUGGCCUGCGAUAGUCGCAAACCUCCCCGAGCGCAUAGGCUUUGCAUGGACCUGCCGCCUAAUUGCCCUCAUAAUCGCCUUCCUCGGAGCGACCUGUACCCUCCUAGUUAAAACCCGCCUCCCGCCACGUCCCCCAGGCCCAUUCUUCAACUUUGCAGAGUUCCGAAAUCCGGCGUAUGCCUUCGUCGCACUCUCCUUCCCAUUCUACGUAUUUGGCUUCUUCUCCUUCCUCACCUUCAUCGGGACUUUCGGCUCCCUCGCCGGACUAGGACCGUUGGCACCAUACCUCUUGAUGAUCACGAACGGCGCGUCAGCGUUUGGACGUCUUGCGGCAGGUAUUGGUGCCGACAAGUUCGGGACAUUCAACGUCGCGAUCGCGGGUAUCGCAGCCAUGACUAUCCUCUCCUUCGCUUGGCUGGCCAUGGACUCGGCAGGACCACUCAUCGCCCUCUGCUGUCUAUAUGGAUUUGCGAGUGGCGCUCCAGUGUCGCUACAGGGCCCGAUGGUUACCGUGUCAGCGACGGAUCCUCGGCAGGCGGGCACCCUUAUCGGGCAGGCGUUAAUGGUCCAGUCCAUCGCGCAACUCACGGGCCCGCCAAUCUUCGGAGCCAUCGUUGGCGCCGGUAGUCCAGCGGAACAACUUUCCCGUUUCCCUCACGCAAUCAUCUUCGGCUCAUGUAUGCUCCUCGUGGCUGGGUGUCUAGUCACCGGAGCCCGGAUGUGCCGCACGCGCGAGCUCUUUGCGAUCAUCUAG